AAGAAAAAUAUAAUUAUUUCAUAAAUUGGGAGUUUCAUGAUCUGAAUUCUGAAACCCCAAAUCGAGGUAAAGGAACCAUGUCUUAUUGCGCCUCUUUCUUCUUACUUUUCCUUUUCUCAUUCCUCACUAGCUUCAGGGCUUCUGCUCAAGAUCCUUUUUACCUAAGCCAUAAUUGUCCAAAUACGACAACUUACUCAAGUAACAGUACUUACUCCACCAAUCUCAAAACCCUUUUGUCCUCUCUCUCUUCCCGCAACGCCUCUUAUUCCACCGGAUUCCAAAACGCCACGGCGGGACAAGACACCCACAGGGUCACUGGAAUUUUCCUUUGCCGCGGAGACCUCUCGCCGGAAGUUUGCAGUAACUGCAUCGCCUUCUCUGUUCACGAAUCGUUAAUUCGGUGUCCAAAUGAGAGAGAGGCCGUGUUCUAUUACGAGGAGUGUAUGCUCAGAUACUCUAACCGGAAUAUAUUAUCCACUCUAAACACCGAUGGAGGAAUUGUCAUACAGAACACCAUGAAUUUUACAGCUGUCAAAAAAGAUCGGUUCAGAGAUUUGGUCUUGACCCCCAUGAACUUAGCCGCCAUUGAAGCCGCGAGGAGUUUCAAAAAAUUCGCUGUGAGAAAAGUUGGUUUAAAUGCACUCCAGAGUUUGUACGGAAUGGUUCAGUGCACUCCUGACCUGACGGAACAAGACUGCUUAGACUGUCUGCAACAAAGCAUCAAUCAAGUAACCAAUGACAAAAUUGGGGGAAGAAUUCUUGUGCCGAGCUGUAAUUCAAGAUACGAUCUUUACGCGUUUUACAACGAUUCCAACGUUGGAACACCUCAACCGCAGUUGGAUUCAGCCCCUCCUCUACCACCACCGCCGAUUUCAACUUCUUUACCACGACCUGGAAAAGGCAGAAACUCCUCUGUCAUAGUUAUUGCUGUUGUUGUUCCAAUCACUGCCGUUCUUCUGCUCUUUGUAGCUGUGUUUUGUGUCCGGGCUAAAAAUAAGAGGACGCUUUAUGAGAUGGAACCACUAGCUCGAGAAGAUGCUGAUGAUCGUCCAAACAUGUCAGUGAUCGUCCAAAUGAUCACUACUAGCUCGAUCGUUCUCCCCGUGCCUAAACAACCUGGAUUUUUCUUUCGGGGUAGGAAUGAACAAGUAGGAGAACUGGGUCCAUCUAUGGAUAGGCUUGCUCUCUGUUCAAUCGAUGAUGCUUCCAUUACUAGUGUAGCUCCUCGUUGAAGACAAAACUAUUAACUAAAAGUUGUGCUAUAUGAUUCUAGUCGUUUAAUAAGCUUGGACUAUAAACAAAGAUUCGUCUA